GUGGCGCUCCUGACAGUGACAUGCUCUGCCGGUUGGGGCUGCGCCCGGGGCGGCCGGGCUGGGAGGGCUUGGGAUGGAGGCGGCCGGGCCGCGGAGCAGGGACGCGCAGGGGCGAGCGGCGAGUCAGCCUGGCAGCCGAGCAGAGAAGAGCCCGCCGGAGAGCAGGAAAGUGUAUAUGGACUAUAAUGCAACCACCCCCCUGGAGCCGGAAGUCAUCCAGGCCAUGACUGAAGCCAUGCAGGAAGCCUGGGGAAAUCCCAGCAGCCCUUACGCGGCAGGUAGGAAGGCCAAGGAGAUUAUCAACGCAGCUCGGGAAAACCUUGCCAAGAUGAUGGGUGGGAGGCCUCAAGAUAUGAUCUUCACUUCCGGGGGCACAGAGGUGGAGGCGGCCCAUGGGAGGGGCCCAGGCACCUUCGUCGCGUUCACGGUGGAUUGGCUCAGCUUUGACCUGAGGUGUGCGGCCCCCGAAGGCCCUCCUUUCCGGACCAGGAGUCGCUGUGUUUUCUGCGAGGGGGUGACCUGGGACUUUAAAGGGCCAUCCACCUUCAGAGGGACACAUCCAGCCUUCCAUCCUGGCCGUCUCCUCCCCUUCAUCUGGUUUGCUGCGUCUCAGACCUGGUCAAAUAAUUUAGUAAUCCAUUCUGUGGUGAAACAUUUCCACAAAAUCCAUGCCGCAGUGGGGGACACGGCCGAGCGUCCCAGCCCAGUGGAGGGGGCCCUGCCUCACAUCAUCACCUGCACUGUGGAACACGACUCCAUCCGCCUGCCCCUGGAGCACCUGGUGGAAGAACAAGUGGCCGAGGUCACCUUUGUCCCCGUGUCCAAGGUGAAUGGGCAGGUGGAGGCUGAGGACAUCCUGGCGGCCGUCCGCCCGGCCACGUGCCUCGUGACCAUCAUGCUGGCCAAUAACGAGACAGGCGUCAUCAUGCCGGUGCCUGAGAUCAGCCGGCGAGUCCGAGCCCUGAACCAGCAGCGGGCGGCGGGCGGGCUGCCGGGGGUGCUCGUGCACACGGACGCCGCCCAGGCCUUGGGGAAGCGGCGCGUGGACGUGCGGGACCUGGGCGUGGACUUCCUGACCGUCGUGGGCCACAAGUUCUAUGGCCCCAGGAUUGGAGCACUUUAUGUCCGAGGGCUCGGUGAACUCACCCCUCUGUACCCUAUGCUGUUUGGAGGUGGACAAGAACGGAAUUUCAGGCCAGGGACAGAGAACACCCCGAUGAUUGCCGGCCUUGGGAAGGUUUGCUCCUCCCCUGGGUCCAGUUACCGCCCCCCCCAAGACGGUGACAGAGGGGCAGCUUCUUCAAGAUCUUCCUGAUGAGGAUUAGAUGGCGGCGCAGCAGCAGGCCCCUCCGCUCCCUUCUGCAGCCGUGACCCUUUCCUCGCUCCUGGCUUGCACCUGUGCCCGGGCCCUCUGACCCUGCUGUCACUGGAGGGGUGGCACACCAUUGUCGCCCCCUCCCCUUGCUCAGCCUGGCCCUCCUCCGUGUGGUCUGGCUCGGGACACGCCCCCCCUCUCCCCUGGGAGGUGUGUCCUGGCCCCCCUGGGGCGAGUCAAGGUCUCUAUGCUGCCUUCCACCCCUUCUCCGUGUGCCGGCUGAAGAAAGGCGCCCCCCUGCGGCCACCCCCUGCCCUGCACCCUCACAGUCCUCUGCCAGGGUGUUCCUCCCCCAGCCUUUAAAACCGGCCUCCCAUGGUCCUCACUGCUCCAGCUUCUUCCCGGGUCCUCCGCCCCACAGAGCAGCCCGCACGCACUCUCACCCCCUACCCUUCUCCUGACACCUGCUCUGCUCCCCAGAAGCUGGUCGAGGAGGUCCCCAUUUCGCCCUGUGACCUCCUGCAGCUGUGGGACCGCUUCUCCCCCUAGAGGUUCCUUCUCUGCCUCUUCACCCGUCAGCAUCCUGGGUGCCUCCUCUCUCUCUCGCUGUGCUCACCCUGUCCCGUGGCUCUGAUGCCAGCCUGUGCUCCGGUCUUGGACUUGACGUCUCAGGGCAGGUCCUGACCUGCUGGGAGGCCCACGUCCCACCUGCUUCCUCAACGUGUCCUCUGAGCCCACGAUGUGUCCUGCUCUCUCUCCUGCAUCGUUGGCGUCUCUCCCCGUGGUGCCUCCUGCCACCCAGGCUCUCAGCUGAGAAAUCUAGGAGGUGCCCUUGAUCUGCCCUGUCCCGUCCCCCGCACCUGACGCAGCAGCCGGGCCUGUCUGUUCAGUCUCCACGAGAGGUCCAGGACCUGCCUCUUGUACCAACUCCAGGCCGGAUCAUCCCCGUCUUGUGUGUGGACGCCUCAUCCACUCUCCACGUAGCAUCCAGUUCUAACACACAAAUCAGAGCAGCCCACCCCUUCCUCAAAAUCCACGUGCGUCUGCCUUGUGUUUAGGCUCAGAUCCCGCCUGUCCUGGGGCCUCUGGGGCGCUGUCCCCCUCGCUCACUCUGUUUCAGGAGCGCUCGCCUUUCCCCCUGCAGGGCCUUUACCUGGAAUGCCCUUCCCCGCUGCCCCGAGUUCCCGUCACGGCGCCCACCCGCCGGUCUGCCGUGGUCACCUCUUCCCUGGUGUGUCUGUCCCUGGGAUGGACGUGCCUUCAGGACUGGGAUUGCCUUUGGUCACCGGCUAGGGACCCUGCAGCGCCUGGGGUAUCCGGAAGCCCGAAAAAGUGAAUUCCUGUUAACAAGUGAAGGGUACUCGGCACUUAUCCCGGCCCCGGUCACGCGGUCGGCGCGUACUGUGUAUCCGUGAGGUUCCAGAGAGUGAGCAGUUUGAGGCCGUGUCACCGGUCUGCCUUCGGGGAGAAUCACCUCUGCUGCUUAAAGCUGUCUUGCUCCCCUUGUUUCACCGUAACUGAGGGGCCCUCCU